GAAGUUUCCCAAAUCAUGGCGCUGCAGCUUUAGCUUCUUUAGUAGAAAUAAAUUGGAAGGCUAACUAAUUAGCUCGCCGGAGUUUUGCAGUAGCUCGCGCGGUUGACCGCACAUACGUGGUGACCCGUGUGUUAGAAAAUCAAGUGGCAAAUGACAUGAGGAAAUCUAAUUGUUUUUGAAUGGCAUGCGAUCUACUCGCACUACCUCCGCGACCUGGUUUAAGGGUUUUAAUUAGUAAGGUUUUAGCUUUAGAUAAAUGAGUGUUGGCUUAUAAUGCACAAGUUUUGUGUAAGUCUUUCUAUAUGUGUUUUAUAUAUUUUUGCGGUUUUUAAACACAGCCCCAAAUUUACACCAAACUCAGCAGCUCUACGUCACUUUACUUUAUUAUUUUUGUUAUCCGGCCCCCACAUGUACUGCACGAUUGAGUCUCCCGGCACUCUCCACUUUCUUUCAAAUGCUCCUUUUUGGCCUUUCAGCCAAACUAUGGGGAUCAGUCCGGGAUGGGGAUGCUGUCGUCUGGGUUGGGCCUCGGCUAUGACCGUGGCCAGUACAUCUCAGGUCACGGCCCAAAGCACGGGGUGACUGAGGAGGAGAGGCAGUACCUUCAUCCUCCAGCCGUGAAGUUUGCUCGCAGUCUGUCAGUGCCUGGCCCAGAGGACAUCCCUCCUCCUCCCACCACAGCUCCACCAGAGCCUCCAUUCUCCUCUGCUCCGCCACUAGGUUGGAGAACAAAGUCAUCCCAGCAGCCUGUCUCCGUGUCCCAGUCCACAUCCACAUCUGCCCACUACCAGCCCUACUCCCAGUCAGUGCAUUUCACUCAUGGGGGCAGGGAAAGGGCAGGUGGUUCCAGCACUGGCCCCAGUGGUGGAGCGGUGGACCACCCAACCUCGUAUGGACACACAGCUGGCCACACUGCUCAAAGCAGGACUGCUUCGCGAAAAGUUGCCUAUUCUGGGGAGCCUGUUGGAGCUGGCACAGGGGCUGGAGGAGGGGCCAAGACAGCAGGUCUUAGGAGAGGCUACAGCACCGCUAUCCCCCCAUCCAGCAUUGCCACUGUAAUGCCCCAGCAACAACAGACUACCCAAAGUCAACCCCAGCGUACAGACCGCAGUGCAGCUGGGGCUGGAGCAGGUGGUACCAAAGCAGGGGCCCGGAGAGGUAAGGGACCCCUGAUGAAACAAUCCAAGGUAGAGGACCUACGCAUCAGCCAGGGUACCCUGGGGGGCAAAGGCUCAGUGGAGAAAAGCUCCAUCCCCAUCCCCACCAUUAUUGUCAAGGCCCCUUCAACCAGCAGCAGUGGACGCAGCAGCCAGGGCAGCAGUGUGGAGGCCGACGCUCCUGCAUCAGGAGAGACAGAUGAAGCCAAAACACCACACGGUCCUCCUCCCGCCACUCCUGCUCCACAGCCCCCUGCCCCGCCUUCCAGCCCAGCACCGCCGCCUCCAUCCUUGCCUUCUAUGCGAGCCCAGGAUAAUCUGGACUUUACCAGCCAGUUUGGAGCUGCCAUUGUUGGUGCAGCUCGCCGAGACAGGGAACGGUUGCAUGAAGCUCGCAGAAAGAGUGCUUCCUUGUUCAUGUCUGCUGAGGAGGAUGUGAGUCUAGGGGGAGUGAGUGAUGGAAUAUCAAGAACUCAAGUGUCACAUCAACAGCUUAGCACACAGGCUGAAAGUUCAUCAACACGGCUGCGCCCGUCUAAGUCUAUUGACGAGGGCAUGUUCUCUGGGGACAGUUUUAUCCAUCACACCCGCAGUAUGCCUCCUGCCUUUGGUCUUCCUGAGUACUCCUCAUCUGCCCUGGACUAUCAGCCUAAGUCUGUGCCUACUGACAUGUACACAGCAGCAGGCAGGCAGCCAGCGCCCUCCAGUACAACCACCUUCAUUCACCCUCUAACAGGAAAGGCCCUUGACCCCACAUCGCCAUUAGGCCUCGCCCUGGCUGCUAGAGAGCGUGCUCUGAGGGAUGACAGCAGGUUAAGGAGGGGAACAGAACACUACUUCACCCGCCAGAUGUCGAGUGUGGUGUUUCCUUCAUCUACUGUCAACUCUCAGCCAGUGUCGUCCACCGCCCAGUCCUCCAGCUCCUCUUACCUGGUCACCUCGUCUUCUCUGGCUGCUACCACAGCCACUGUUGGCCGCCCAUCCUCGCCCAGAAUCCUUAGAGGAGUCGGGAGUGUGUGGAGUGAAGAAGGUGGUGGAGGAGAGAGAGAGCGUGAAGGAGGAGGGGCUCGGGAGGGGCUUAGAGUUCGCUUCUCUGAGGACAAAACGGUCCACACGCACCAAUACCAGCCUCAGCCGUAUCAACCAACCUACAAGGAGAGGGAGCGGGAGAGGUCGAGAGAGCGGGAGAGGUCGAGGGAGAGGGACCUGUCGAGAGAAAGAGAGAGGGACAAAGAGAGAGAGGGUUACAUGAGGAGGGCAGAGCAAGCUGCUGCCAAUGUGGCUGCUGCUGAUAGCUCUGCUCACCAGGGGUCCCACCCUCAGCAGCCGGGGAGACCCUCUUUUCUCAGGAUGGAAAGUCAAGCUGAUGCCUAUAUCUUGUCCCUCACCCCUCCCUCACCUCCACCUACCAGUACUCACCAGACAGCGAACACUACUGGGAGCACUGGGACUGGUCUGAUGGUCCUUCCUCCCCCUGCCCCCUCAAUUGAUGCAGACGAUGAGUUUGUCUACGCAGACCCUCUCCCACCUCCAUUACAGUUUGCCAACAGCUUCGACAGGGGAAUUGGGGGAUUAUCAGGGUACUCACAACACGGGAUGCGCCCAAACAGCCUGACCUCCCGCCAACAGCAGGUCCCACCCCCUCCACCUCCACCUCCACCACCACCCCCUCCACCCCCCAUAAAAGAACCAUUUGUAAGUGGGUUUCCUGCUCAUACACCCCUGCCUUCUCCUCAGGCAGGGGACUCCACUGCCUCCAGCCUUACAUCUUACGACAGUGAGGUGGCUAACCUUACUCAGUCUGCUCCCUCCCCCUCCCAAACGUCACCCAACCCCCCGCCCCCUCACUCGCCCUCUACCCUGCAGCCCACCUCGAUAACGGGACCGCCGCCUCCCCCGCCAGUCUCACCACCACCUCCUCCUGGAUCCUAUCACAGACCCUUCUCCAUGUCCCAUCCCCACCAUCUUUACAACAGCUCACAUACUCCUGGGCGCUCUUCCCCCACGCCUCCCCCACACACAGUCGCACCUCCCCUGGGCUACCGUGGUCCCCCAAUACCCUCCUCCACUGCUGCCACCUCUGCUCCACUUAGGGGCACUUUCUCACAUGCCACGGCCGCUAGCUGUGCCGCUACUACCACCGCUGCUGCCACCACAACAAGCACCUCCACUCAGCUCUACCAGGAGCGCACACACACCACACAUACAACAUCCUCCACUGCUAUCACGGGCAGUCGCCGGACAGGGGAGCACCACCGCCCUCACCUCGCUACCAAGAAAGGAGAGUCCCAGGAGACGGUGGUGGACUCUGGGAUUGAAGAGCUGGACAGCCGCAGCAGCAGUGACCACCACCUAGACAGCAUCCUGGCCAGUGUCCGGGCAGACAGGCUGGACCGAGGGGAGAGAGGACGGCCAGGAGGAGGAGGCGGGACAGGGGAAUCAGAAAGGGGAGGAGAUUUUCUGGAGUCUUACAUGAGCUACCUGGAUGGACAAACUUUUGAAAUGCAGAAUGCCACAGUAGCAGCCUCCACCUACCCAAAAAUAAACAGGUUCAGAGAGGGAGGUCGCACCAGUGAUCUACACAGACAGACCAGCACCGCUCCUGCAUCCUUUCACUCCCACAGACGAAGGGACGAGCAGGAAGAGGACGAGGAGGGAGUGGAGGAAAGCAGCCGCGAAGGGUAUGAGGUGAGGGACAUGCAGAAUUUGGGACGUCCUAUUUCACCAUACCUUGAUCGCCCUCGUACUCCUGAGAUGAAGCCCCUCUGGGGCGAGGGGCAGAUGGCGGGUGACCAGUCCGCGGCACUUUUAGAGGGGAGAAAGAUUUACCCUCCUGCAUCCAGUAUGAAGCCCAGCAUCAUCAAUGAGCUGAGCAGUAAACUGCAGCAAAGAACCAAGGACAGCUGGGGCAGCCAGAGACCGUUGGGCAGACACAGAAGCAGAAACAGAUUUUCAGAAGACUCAGCCUCAGCUCUGAGCCCUCCCUCAGCUCGAUCCCAGUCACCAUCUCCGAUUUCAUUAUCGCAGCCAUCGUUAUCCCCGUCCCCCACCCCUGCCUCCCAGUACCCCAACUGGGGAAGACCGCCAUCUCCUCAACCUCCAGCUGCCUCUCAGCCUCCACGUUCGCAUUCCCCGCUUUCCCCAACAUCUUAUUCCCCUUAUCCCACCUCCCCAAAACACAGACCUGUCUACCGAACCAAAGCCCUAGAAUUCCAGUUCAUCCCCAGUCGCGAGUCCCGUAAAGCAGAAUCACACAUGUUCCAGCGUAGGAGAGCACCCAGCCCCCUCAUCUCCCCGUCAGAGAGGCCCAAGCUGGGUCCACCACGACCAUCAUCCCUUCCGCUCCUCCCCACCACACCUCUUUACAGUGCAAUGUACGACCUCCGAGGUUCAGUCACGCCGCCAUCACCUGGGAAUCCUCUUGGCGAUCCUUACUUCUCACCCUCUCCUCCACUGUUUGCCCCCUCUGGUGCCCCACCUCCUCCGAACUCAGCUUUAGUUGUCUCUCGAUCCCUCUCUCCAACUCACUUCCUGUCUGGGACCUCUUCUCCGCCCCUGCACCCUCUCCCUCCACCUACAUGCUUGAGUUACCCCCAUCUACCACCACCUUCCCCUACAAAGCCUUUUGCCUCCAAGCCGCUGCCCUACUGGACCAAGUAUGACGUUGCAGACUGGCUAGGAUACCUCAACCUGGGUGAGCACAGAGAGCGUUUCCUGGACAACGAGAUUGACGGCACCCAUCUGCCCUCCCUAACGAAGGACGACUAUCUGGAUCUGGGUGUGACACGCGUAGGCCACCGGAUGAACAUAGAACGGGCCUUGAGGACCAUAAUGGACAGGCUGUCCAGCAGCCCAUUUCCCAUUUUGGUUCUCUCACCUCGGGAUGGACAGACUGAGAGGAGGAGGGAUGAUGGGAGUCGGAGCUGAGGUUGCAAACGCAGAGGCAGAAAAAGAGAGAGAGCGAGAGUAAGAAAGAAGGAGGGGUUGGAGUCAAUGAGGGAGGAAGACACAACUGCUGCUAUCCAUAGUGGAUUCACACAACAAAUGCGAGGGGACAGAUUUCACACAGAGAGCGACAGAAAGAGGGAGUCAAGUCCCAAAGGGAGAUGGAAACACAGGGAUGGAAAAAGGGCUGACGAUCCAUAAAGACACCGGCUGGCACUCCCGAGUUGUGGCAGGCUGAUAUACACAAGUACAUUCCCCACAUGCAUGCACCGUCACACCAAUCAACAAACAAGCACCACACACACACUUUCAUCUGAAACACUGUGGCUGCAGCAGAUAUUACGAGUGAAGAACAGAGAUGAAAUCGAACCAAAUACACAAGCAAAAGCCAGUUUGAUUUAAAAAACAUAUUUGAACUAGCGAGCUAGAGAAGAAGAUAAAGGUGUCAUUCAUCAUGCAGCCAUCUUGUUGAAUAGUCCUCUUACCCAUCAGCCAGCUGGUUAAAUCUGUUUAGGUUUGAGAGUGGAACCCACCACGAAUAUUUCAAUUGCAUCAAUGACAACUUCUUCCCGUGUGAGUGGAUUGUUCGUUUUAAAACGUGUCUGAAUAUCACUGCGGAGUAAUUAAGGGUGAAUGUUGGUGAAUGUCUGCAGGUGUUAGGCUUUUUCUGUCUGGAUGGUGAAUGUAGGACGACG